AUGCAAUCAUCAGCAGCUGAGAAUCUCUGCCGUCGAUUUGCAGUCGCUGAACUGAACUUAGCCACUGUCAAUUUCAGCGAGGAACAUGUGAUUGGAAAGGGUGGUUUUGGUAAAGUCUACAAAGGCUUCAUUGAUAAUGACUCAAUUGCCGUGGCCAUAAAGCGACGGCAAGCAUCACGUCCCAGCCAAGGGCAGACAGAGUUUGUUGCUGAGAUUGAAACACUAUCUAAGUGCCGACAUCGUAAUUUAGUCUCUCUUAUUGGGUACUGCGAUGAAGACGGAGAGAUGAUUCUUGUUUACGACUAUAUGCCUAAGGGAACGCUGGCCGAUUACCUACACAAUCAGUCGACACUCUCAUGGAAUCAACUACUUAAGAUAUGUAUUGGUGCGGGGCGAGGUCUGGACUAUCUUCACUCGGGUUGCUCCAUCAUACAUCGUGAUGUCAAGCCUACAAAUAUCCUUUUGGAUGAAAAUUUCACAGCUAAGGUUUCAGAUUUUGGGUUGGCCAAACAUUUAAGGCAUGAUAUUUCACAGAGCCAUGUCUUCACUAAGGUUAAGGGUUCAUUUGGGUAUUUUGAUCCAAGUUAUUUUACGACCGGUGUACUUACAAAGGGAAGCGACACUUACGCGUUUGCGAUAGUAUUAUUGGAGGUAUUGAGUGGGAGACGAGCAGUUGAGGAGAAGCUUGCAGAGGAUGAGGUGUGUAUCAGCAUAUGGGCUCAAGACAAAAUUCGGAAUGGAAAAGCUAACCAGAUUGUAGCUUCAUAUUUGAAGGGUGAAAUCUCGGAAGAUUGCCUUAUGACAUUUGUUGGGAUUGUUAAAAGAUGUUUGCAUGUUGAUCCGAAGAAACGAAUCACAAUGACUCAUGUUGUGGCGCAGCUUGAGUUAGCCCUUGAACAACAGGAGAGGAAAAGGGCAGCAACACAAAAAUUAAAAUUUUGGCCAUUUUGGAAUAGAGUUAUACCAUCUGGAUCAACAACAAAUAAUCAAGUUGAGGUUGAAGCUGAUAAGCUGUCAAAGGCUAUCCCUUCCACUAGUGCCAUUAAAGAAGCCUUUCCACUAGUAGGAUCAACACCAAAGGAUCAAAAUGCGGUCGAUGUUGAUAAGUUGUCAAAGGCCAUCCCUGCAACUGCCAAUACAGAAGAUGUUGUCCUUCUCAUUCUUUUCGGUGAAACAAAGUUCAGUCGACCAAAGGCCUUUUAUGAUGUGCGUAGUGAAUUCAGAGGAGUCCUACAAACUGGAGAGGAUGCAACAAUCGAAAGGCUACACUACAUGCCUAAGCAUGAAUUCAGAGCAAAGGUUUCAAAGCCAUUCUCUAAGCUGAAGCAUGAGAACGUGGUCGAACUAGUUGUUUACAAUUUGGACGGCCAUGAGCAGGUCAUGGCGUAUGAUUUUGCUCCACGAGGGUCCCUACACAACAUUCUUUAUAAACAACAAGGCAUAGGCUCAAAGCAAUAUCCGGCUUUAACAUGGUCCCAAAGAAUCCAAAUCGCUCUUGGGGUCGCAAGGGGAUUAUACUACAUUCAUGAAAAGGGAAUGAUCCAUCAUAACAUCAAAUCCAAAAAUGUUUUACUUUGUGAUGAUGGAACUGCUAAGAUAAUUGAUCCUUUUCUCUGGAAUUCUUGCCCCCAGAGUCUGCUAUUUGAUUCUUACCCCCCACCCUCUGUGAGUGAGCGUCAUCCUAAGGCAUUGCAUUAUUGCUCUAGGGACAAUGAUGUUUACAACUUUGGCGAGGUUCUCCUUGAGUUGUUGACAGGCAGUAAAAUAUUUGAUAACACGCGACCAGCAGGGCAGCAUCACCUUGUGUCAUGGGCAUUACCGCAGCUCGAUUCAGACAAGGUACACAUGAUUGUGGAUGGUAGAUUAAAAGCAGACGACCUUCCGGAUGCAGUUAAUAAGAUGGCUCGAGUUGCUCAACUGUGCCUUAAAGAUACAGCUUAUUUUCGUCCAUACAUGCUUCAAGUUGUACGAGAUCUCGAGUUGUGCCUUUGCGAAAUCGAAUCAGAACACUCUCAGAUUGGUUGUGAUGAGGUUGAAGUUGAUAAGCUGUCAAAGGCCAUCCAUUCUAUCAAAGAAGAUGUCCCUUUCAUUCUAUUUGGUGAAAUAAAGGGCGAUAGUCAUUAUUUUAGCCUCAUGUCUAAUGGAUUCACAGGAGUCCUGGAAAAUGGAGAGGAUGCAACAAUUGAAAGGCUCCACUACGAGUCAAAGCAUGAAUUCAAAUCCGUGGUUUCAAGAAGAUUAUCUUUGCUGAAGCAUGAGAACGUGGUCGAACUAGUUGUUUACAACCAUCUAUGGCUCAAGUUGCUCAAUUGUGCCUUCAAGAUACAGAUCAUUUUCGUCCAAACAUGGGUGAAGUUGUUCAAGAUCUCGAGUUGUGCCUUUGUGAAACCAAAUCACAACACUCACAGAGCUGAAUUCAACUGA